UCACGCUGCGUCUUCAUCCAAAACGUGGUAUAUUCAAUAUCCGCUGCUCUUCUUUUCUCUCUAUCGCUUGUUUGCUAGCACAGCGACCCCUUCGAUUCACCCCCUUUCACGACAGACUUUUCUACCUUGUUUUGUUCUCCUGAUCGUCGCGAGCCUCAAACGCGACAACAGUGACAACACCUUCCAUCUCACACCUAAACUACACCAAUAUUUUACCGUCUACCGACUCAAUAACAAUGUCUGGCAAGUUGGACAAGUCUCUUGACGAGAUCCUGGUGAACCGCCGUCAGAACAACCGCCGUCGCGGUGGUGCUCGCGGUGGAGCAAAGGCCGGUGCUGCUGGAGGAAUCAGAAAGACCAAGGCUACCAAGCCUACUGGUAAGGCUGUUGGCAAGGCUGUUGGCAAGGCUGCUCAGCCCGCUGCCGCUCCUACUCCUACUGAUAGCAAAAUUAUGGUCAGCGGCUUGCCUGUCGAUGUGAAUGAGGCCAAUAUCAAGGAAUACUUCACCAAGUCUGCAGGCCCUGUCAAGCGGGUGAUGCUCACAUACAACCAAAAUGGUAGUAGCCGCGGAAUUGCCUCGAUUAUCUUCAGCAAGCCGGACACUGCCGCCAAGGCUGCCAGAGAGCUGAAUGGGCUUCUAGUUGAUGGUAAACCGAUGAAGAUUGAGGUGGUUGUUGAUGCCACACGUGCUCCUGCUGUUCCCGAACCGAAGUCUCUUGCCGAGCGCGUUGCACAGUCAGCCAAGUCGCAGCCCAAGCCCGCGACAGGACCCAAGCCGGCCGGUGCCGGUCGCCGUGGUCGCCGUGCUCCUCGUGGCGGCGGUCGCCCCAACCGGCCCCAGAAGAAAUCGAGGGAGGAUCUUGACGCUGAGAUGGAUGACUACUUUGUCUCGAACGAGAGCGGUGGAGCACCGGCGGAAGGGAACGCCCCGGUCAACGGCCAGGCCCAGCCGGCGACGAACGGUGGCGAAGACGUUGGCAUGGCUGAGAUUUCUGUAGGUUCUUAUCUUUCAAGUGAUCAUGGGAUGAGUGCUAACAUUACGACUUAG